AUGAUGGAUGAUGACACUGAGUUGAGGACUGAUGGAAACUCCCUCUUAAAGGCUGUAUGGUUAGGGAGGCUCCGGCUAACCAGACUCCUCUUGGAAGGGGGAGCUUAUAUCAAUGAAAGCAAUGACAAAGGUGAAACAGCUCUCAUGGUAGCAUGCAUUACUAAACAUGUGGACCAGCAAAGCAUUAGCAAGUCUAAGAUGGUGAAGUAUCUGUUGGACAAUAGGGCAGACCCCAAUAUCCAGGAUAAGUCUGGCAAGACUGCGCUAAUCCAUGCUUGCAUCAGAAGAGCUGGGGGAGAAGUCGUGUCCUUACUGCUGGAGAAUGGAGCAGACCCUAGUCUUGAGGAUCGCACUGGGGCUUCAGCUCUGGUUUAUGCAAUAAAUGCAGAUGACAAGGAUGCACUGAAGCAUCUCCUUGAUGCCUGCAAGGCCAAAGGUAAGGAAGUGAUUAUUAUAACAACAGACAAAUCAUCUUCAGGCACAAAAACCACCAAGCAGUAUCUCAAUGUCCCUCCAUCACCCAAAGUGGAAGAUAGACAGUCACCACCACUGUGUGCAUCUCCUUCUGACAUUGAACUGAAGGCUCCUAGUCUGGAUUCUCCACCCAGUGAGAAGGAUGAUGAUUUCUUCAUCCUCCAAUCAGGACACCAAAGUGGCUGUAGUACUUCCAAGGCCCUUAAUGAGCCUGGAUCACCCACCAGGAAAGUGUCUAGCCUUAAAAGGGCCCGUUUGCCCCAACUGAAGAGGCUCCAAUCUGAACCCUGGGGCUUGAUUGCUCCCUCUGUGUUGGCAGCCUCCACACGCCAGGAUGAAACCCAUGGCACAAGCACAGAUAAUGAGAUCGUCAGGAGCAUCAAUGACAUCUCUUUCCCUAAAAGGGGUCCCCUCUCCAGAGCCAACAGCAUUGACAGUAAAGACUGCACACUCUUCCCCACAGUCCAGGAACAAGUUCUGAAGGUUCCAGCUUCAGCACCAGCUACCUGGAAAGCAGCUUAUGAGAAAGGCCAGGCCCCCCACCCACGCCUGGCCAGGAGAGGAACAACACUUCCUGUUGACCAGGAGAAGGCUGGGAUGUGUCCACCAGGACCAUCAGCUCUGAAAGAUCCAGCAUCUCUCAAGCUGCUGGAAAAUGAUCUCUAUGACCUAGAUGUACAGCCAGGGGCUGACCCACCCAACACUAUGUCCCUUGAGUCUGCCAAAGGACCUUUAGAUAGAAAGAAGCUCAACAGCUCCCACUUGUCCCUUUUCCAUGGCUCUCGGGAGUGCCUGGAUGCUGUACCCAGCACGUCUCCCAGCUCAGUGCGCCGCAGGCCCCCUCAUCUUCUAGAAAGAAGAGGUUCGGGAACUCUCUUACUAGACCGCAUUGCUCACACAAGGCCUGGCUUUCUUCCCCCUUUAAAUGUGAAUUCAAACCCACCUAUCCCAGACAUCAGAGCCAGUAGCAAACCAGCUGCCCCACUUGCUGGUGGCUUAAAAUCUAUGGUUCCCAUUGCUCCAAAUUCACCAAAGAGAGUUGACUUGAGAAGUAAAAAGAAACUCCUUCGAAGGCAUUCUAUGCAGAUUGAACAGAUGAAGCAGCUCUCUGACUUUGAAGAAAUCAUGACCUAG